AAUUCCCGCAAGGCUCGGCGGACCCGAAACCCUCGAAGACAAAGCAGUGACGGAGCUUAGCGGGUUAAACUGCCAACUUUCUCCCCUUACCGCGCCUACCCGAAGCUGUUCACGGAAAAGAAACGAGGAAGUCGCGACGGGCUCUCGCCUCUCGCUGGCGCAGGUUUUACGCUCCUGAAUCUAGCUUAAAUCCGGCUACCAAAUAGUCCCCGAGGGAGUCGAAAUCGAGAUUGGCUAGUUAACUUUAGCUUAGUGGAUUCAGACGGAGUCAAAUUGAGGUCAGCUACGGGAUCGCGGCUUACAGAGACCACCGAAACUUCCAUGUUUCUCAUCCUUGCUCUGCGCUCCUACUAGAAACCAUUGAGGAAGGCUUCUGUAAUGUAAGAAAGAGGAUUCAUGGGUCGCCCGGAGCCUUACACGCUGUUUGCACAGACCUUUACUCAUCCACUACUUGAUGAGUAUGUUGAUGAGGUCCUAUUUACAGAACCUAUUGUUAUAACAGCCUGUGAGUUUCUAGAGUUGAAUUCACCAUUAUCUAAUCCACCCUUUUCACUUAUGGGGGCAACUUCUCCUCCGUCUUUUGCAAUGGAGUUAUUUGUUCAUUGUGAAGGUGAAUCACGAUUUAGGCGGCUUUGCCAACCUUUCCUUUAUUCAUAUUCGUCAUCAAAUGUUUUGGAAGUCGAGGCUGUAGUUACGAGCCACUUGGUAGUAAGAGGUUGUUACCGAAGCAUCACACUUGUUAUUUAUGGUAAUACUGCGGAAGAUUUGGGGCAGUUCAAUAUUGAUUUUGAUCUCGACAAUUCUUUGGCUAGCCUAGUUUCCUCUCCUUUGGAUGGAAAACUUGAAGAUUUGCCACCUGCUUUGAUUUCUGAUAAGUUGACCUUUGAGGAAUUAGCAUCUUCCACAUUUUCGCUUUCUCUUCCAUUUUCAGAUUUUGAUAUUUCAUCUGAAAUGAGGCAGUUUCUACAUUUGGCUCUCAAGCUCUGUCAACUCUCUGAUGAUGAGGCCAUCAUUCUUAAGAUAGUAAGAACUGUUAUAUCCACUCUCCAUUCACAUGUUAAUAAUAAUUAUUGUGGUAUCACCUUUGGGGAUGAAUUGAGUCUACGUAAGGUCAUAUAUGGCAGAGAAGAUCCACAGAAAGCCCUUUCCGUUAUUGCCGAGGCAUCAAAUGAGCUGCAUGAACUUUAUAAGUUCUUCCAAAGUACAGCACAGAAUGACAGCCAGUUGCAGGACAUUGCUGAAGAAUCUGAUUCUGUUUUAGUCACCUCUCAACUGGUGGUUGAUAUGCUUUACCAGCAAUUCCCAUUUUUUCAAAAAUUUUCAUCUCUUGAUAUUCCACUUUUCUACCAGAACAAAAAGUCAACCCUCGGAUUAAGCAUGGCUCUUUUGGUUUGCUCAUCUAGUGAGAGCUGUUUCCAUUUUGUUAAUGGAGGUGGAAUGGAACAGAUUGUUACUUUACUGGGUGAUGAGAUGCAAAGUUCUACAGCCUUUACACUGCUUUUACUAGGUGUUAUUGAGAAUGCUACUAGGCAUGCUGUUGGGUGUGAAGGAUUCUUGGGCUGGUGGCCACGAAAUGAUGAUAAUGUGCCAGCUACUAAAAGUGAAGGUUACUGCAAUUUACUGAAAUUGCUUCUCAGGAAGCGGAGGCAUGAUGUUGCCUAUAUAGCAUCCUAUAUUCUUCAUCGAUUGCGCUGCUAUGAAAUAGCCGCAAGAUAUGAGUUUUCAGUGUUAUCGAUUUUGGAAAGUCAUUCUUUAGAUUGGCUGUCUAGAGCAGACACAGUAAAUUCACUAAUGAGUGCAGCUUCCCAAAUCAAACAAACUUUGAAAUUGUUAAAUUUAUGUGGGCCAUUUGAGGAUCCAUCACCUGCUGGCAUCGCAAAAAAAUAUUUAGGCGCUAUUGAAUCUGAUGGGCCUUUGUCAUACAAAGCAACCUCUGGCUACAUUGCCUUCUCUAAAAAUAGUUUCUUGUCUUGGGAUAUUGACAUGCAUUUGCUGUCACUUCUAAAGGAAAGAGGAUUUUUUCCUUUGUCAGCAGCAUUGUUGUCCUUUCCAUCAUUGCAUUCAGAAACUGGAAUUGUGGCUGAAAUCCUUUUGGAAAUUGCUGCCUUAUUUCACUCGCUGCUUCUAUCUCUUCUGUUUUGCCGUUCAGGCUUGACUUUCUUGCUACUUGAACCGGAAAUAACUUCUAGUGUUAUUCUAUCUCUUCAAUGUUUUGAAAACAAAAAAAAUUCUGAAUACUUAACUCUCCGACAAGCAGCAUUUCAGAUAUCAAAGGGAUUCUUUUGUCACCCCCACGAAAUUGCGAUGAUUAUGGACACCCACCUUAGAGUGGGCAAUGCUAUCGACCGAUUACUUGCUUCAAAUCCUAGCUCUGAUGAACUUCUAUGGGUUCUUUGGGAUCUCUGCGCUAUCUCCAGGUCUGAAUGUGGCCGUCAAGCAAUUUUAUCAAUUGGUUAUUUUCCAGAGGCAAUAUCAGUUCUGUUGGAUGCAUUUCAUUCCUUCAAGGAUUCUGAGUCAAUAUCUACUAGCAAUGGAACUUCACAGCUUGGUCUGGCCACUUUCUAUUCAGUGGCAGAAAUUUUUGAAAUCUUGGUUUCUGAUUCUACAUCAUCAUCACUUAGAACUUGGAUUGGACAAGCUAUGGAGCUUCAUAAGGCAUUGCACAUGUCUUCCCCAGGGUCCCAUAGAAAAGAUGCUCCUGCAAGGUUGCUGGAAUGGAUUGAUGCUGGUGUGGUUUAUCAGAAAAAUGGAGCUAUUGGACUUCUCAGAUAUGCGGCUGUUUUAGCUUCUGGUGGGGAUGCUCAUCUGAGUUCUACAACUGUAUUAGUGUCAGAUUCCAUUGAUGUUGAGAAUGUUGUUGGAGGCAUAUCAGAUGCUUUAGACUCUCGGGUGUUAGAUAUUCUUCUAGGGAAGCUUGUUAAUGAUAAAUUUUUUGAUGGCAUUAUCCUGCGGAGUACUUCCAUCAUUCAAUUGACCACAGCCAUUCGGAUUUUGUCUUUUAUUUCAGAGAAUUCGGAUGUGGCAGCAGCCCUUUUUGAAGAAGGUGCCGUGACAUUAAUAUAUGUGGUUUUAGCAAACUGUAAAUGUAUGCUCGAACAAUCAUCAAAUACAUAUGAUUAUCUUGUUGAUGGAGCAGAAUGCAAUUCUACCGCUGAACUGCUUUUGGAACGAAGCUAUGAGCAGAGCCUAGUUGAUCUUAUGAUUCCCUCGCUUAUUUCACUUAUAAACAUUUUGAAGAAGUUACGAGAAACAAAGGAGCAAUACCGGAAUAAGAAGCUAGUUAAUAUUCUUUUACGUUUGCAUCAUGAAGUGAGCCCAAAGCUAGCAGCAUAUGCAACAAGCUUCUCCUCGCACUAUCCCCAACUUGGGCUUGGUUUUGGUGCUGUUUGUCAUCUUGUUGCCUCUGUGCUUGCCUUUUGGCCAGUAUUUGGUUGGAUUCCUGGCUUAUUCCACUGUCUUCUUGAUAGUAUUCAAGCUUCAUCGUUAUUACCUAUGGGCCCGAAGGAUGCAUGUAGCAUAAUAUGUCUGCUGAGUGAUCUUUUUCCUGAAGAAGGAAUUUGGCUGUGGAAUUAUGGAAUACCUCCGUUGAGCGUUCUUAGCAUGUUGACCAUAGAGACAGUUCUAGGACCUGAAGUGGAAAAAGAUAUCCACUGGUACUUACAACCUGAGCACCUUGCUGUGCUGCUUGUUCGGUUGACUCCUCUGCUUGAAAGGAUUGCACAGAUUGUCCUGCAUUUUUCUUUCACUACAUUAGUGGUCAUAAAAGACAUGCUUCGUGUCUUCAUAGUUCGAGUUGCUUUCCAAAGACCUGAAUGUGCAGAUGUCCUACUGAGGCCUUUAAUUUCUUGGAUUGACCAGACCAUUAAUGAAUUGAGCCUCUCAGAUGCUGAUAUUUUUAAGAUAUAUCGAUCACUUGACUUCAUUGCUAGUUUGUUAGAGCAUCCACAUGCAAAGAUAUUGUUAUUGAAGAUAACUACUGUCAGAGUUCUUGUGAAAGCUCUCAAGCGAUGUAGUGAUGAAUGCAUCGUUGAUGGGAAUUUUUAUUUUGACAACAAAGUUGUUAAGAAAGCAACUUUCUUUUCUUGCUGGUGCAUGCCUCUCUUGAAAUCUCUGGCUCUACUUUUUGACCCUCGGACAAACAGAAAGCUUGAUAGUAUGCACAAUGCAUGCUCUGUGGGGGAUAUUGGCGUUGAAGAUAGCUGUUUGAUUUGGCAUCAACUUAUUAGGCUAUGUCAGACUGAGAUCAAGCCAUAA